GUUUUAUCAGGAAGACUGAAUGAGUGCAUUAGACUCAAUGAAGAAUAUCAGAGGUGCUUUCACCGAACCAAACAAAAGCUCAGAGAAAAUCCCAGCGAGAGACAGUUUGAAUUCAGUGAGAAUUACAUUUUUGGAAAAUUUGAUGCAUUUUGCAAGAGGCUGGAAAAGAUUAAUGACAUGUUGAACACAAUGGAGACUUUUGCCAAUGUCAAUAACAUCAAAAUUGAGGGCAUGGAGACAAUGAUUGUUCGUUACAACUCUAUUGUGACAAGUGUAAAGAAGAAAGGUUAUGAUCUGCUGGACCACAGAAAAGGAGAGUUUGACAUUGAUUAUGAAGAAUUCAAACAAAGCAUUGAGGGACUUAAACAACAGCUUCAGAUGUUUGUAGACUCCUGGUUUGAGAAACCUCUAUCUACCCUUCGGGCUCUUGAACUCCUGCAAAAAUUCCAAAAUAUUGGAGGAGUUCAGUUGUAUCUUCAUGACAAGUACCAGAGGAUUUUGUUGCAGUAUGGAAGGGACCUUGAGACAUGCAAAAAGCUGUAUCAAAAGCAGAAAAAUGAUCCACCCAUUCUUCGAAAUCUUCCACCAGUUGCAGGUAAAAUAACAUGGGCCCGACAGCUUUUUAGGAGAAUUCAUGAGCCAAUGAAGGUGUUCAAGACAUAUCCAGAAAUCUUAAAGGGAGAGGAUGCAAAGAGAAUAAUUCGCAAUUACAACAAGAAUGCGGCUGUGCUGGUGGAAUUUGAGUUGCUGUAUCAUCGUGGAUGGUUCAAAGCAGUUGAAGCUGCCAGGAGUGGAUUAAAUGCAUCACUGCUUGUGCGGCACCCAGAAACUAAGAAACUCUUCGUGAACUUUGAUCCACAAAUCCUUGAGUUGAUUCAGGAGGCCAAAUGUAUGGGGAGGCUAAACCUCGAGAUACCAGAGGCCGCGCAAGUUAUGUGUAUGAAAGAGGAACAAUUCAAAACUUGCAACAACAGGCUUCAAGAGGUUUUAAAGGAAUACGACUCAGUCGUCACAGGGAUCCCAGAAAAUGUGUUACCUCUGAUGAAGCCAUUCACCGACCGUGUUGACGAAACGAUCAAACCAGGAUUGACCAUGUUGAACUGGACUUCUCUAAAUGUUCAUUCUUAUAUCAACAGCAUUCAAAAGUCAGUGAAGGGACUUGAAAUUCUUACUAAAGGGGUGAAAGACAUGCUUGAUUGCCGAAUAGAAGCAGUUUUGCAAGAUAUUGAGUUGACACGGCUGUGUGAUCUGCCAGAAGAUGAAGCUGUUACUGUAGAAGAUUUUGUUGCUGUUACUGAGAAAACAUGCCAAGAGUCUGCCGAAUCUCUGUCCAAGUACAACCAUCUUGUAGAGUCAUCAGUAAACAUCCUGCUUCAAACUCUUAAAGACAACUUGAGGCCGAAUGAAUUGACAGGCCUUGAUAAAGAAAACUAUCCCUGUUUGUACCCAGAGUCAAAACAGGCAAAGAAUAAUAAAGGGAACAGGUGCUGGGAGUGCAUGCCUUGCUGCUAUUGGAGCUUGUUCAUCUUUUUCAAUCAAAGAUGCAUUGAAGCUUUGGUUAAAUCGAAAAGACAGUCGUUGGAUGCCAUUAAGAGGCGAAUGCAAGCAGCCAAUAAACACAGCAAGGAUUCAUCGAACACAGAUGCUAAGUCACCAGCAUUGUUUAAGGCUGACAUUGUGCUGGAGAUCCCAUCAAUUGUAAUGAAGCCCAGCUUAGAUGACAUCCAGCAAGCCCUAAACAAAACAGUACAGAUUAUGCUGAAAACAACUCAGAAUGUCUACGAAUGGAAACAGCACGGAGUCAUCCAUCAACCUCCAAUCAUUGUUGCCGAAGAAGGAAAAGUUCUUCCGCCUUUGGCGCCAAAGUCUCUUUACAAGCUGGUGUCUGAACACAAAGACGUGACAAAGGUGGUCAUUACUCUGAGUUCAGUUGUAAGCUCAUUAAAAAUGGAUGCCACGAAGAUUUUGGAAGAGAUGGACCAAUUCAAAGAGCUCUGGAACCAGGAUCCCAACACCAAAGUGAAGGAGUUCAUGGAAUCCAAACCGUUGUUAUCAGACUUUGAUGCCCAAAUCAAAUAUUACCAGCGCCUAGAGACUCAAAUUGAAGAACUUCCUGGGAGUUAUCACAUUGGUCCUGUUGAAUAUCUUACAGACAGAAUCAAAGAGGCUUUGGUCACAGAAACCAAGGCGUGGAAGCAGGCAUUCGGGAAAGCAAUGGCAGAGAAGGCAAGUGCAGACAUGGAAGAAAUCUUCCUGUUCAUUGACAACCUCAACAAGCGACUAGCUCGUGGGAUUAAGGAUCUUGAUGAUGUAAGAAGCAGUAUGGCCGCUCUCAGUGAGAUCCGAGAAUCGGAAAUAAGGAUCGACAUGACAAUCGGUCCAAUCGAGGAAUCAUUUGCCAUGAUGAAUCGUUACGGGUUGGUCUAUUCGAGCAGUGAUGCUGAAAGAGUUGAUGGUCUCACUUACGCGUGGCGUAAAUUACAUGCACAGGCUGGUACUGUGGCGAGUCACCUGCUGCAGAUCCAGCCCACAUUUAAGUCGGAUCUCUUGGAUGGUGUGGAAAAGUUCAAAGUGAUGGUUACAACGUUUGUUCAGGAAUACAACGAAAAAGGCCCUAUGGUUUCUGGAAUUCCACCAAGGGAAGCCAGCGAUCGCCUGGGAAUUUUCCAAGCUCGGUUUGAUGAGCUUUGGAGAAAAUAUGAAACAUACUCGGGUGGCGAGGAGCUCUUUGGUUUGACUGUCACUGAAUAUCCGAACUUGCAGAGAAUCCGAAAAGAACUGGGACUUCUUCAGAAGCUUUACAACUUAUACAACGCUGUCAUUGAGAACGUGAACGGCUACUAUGAUAUCCUGUGGCAAGAAAUUGACAUUGAAAAGAUCAACAAUGAACUGCUGGAAUAUCAGAACAGGAUUCGUAAACUUCCCAAAGCUCUGAAGGAGUGGCAAGCCUUUCUGGAUCUGAAGAAGACCAUUGAUGAUUUCAGCGAGUGUUGUCCCCUUCUUGAGAUGAUGGCACACAAGGCUAUGAAACAGAGACAUUGGGAAAGAAUUUCAACCAUUACUGGUGUCACACUGGACGUGGAGUCGGAAACGUUUCAGUUGAGACAACUAAUGAGUGCACCUCUGUUACCAAACAAAGAAGACAUCGAGGAUGUUUGCAUUGCGGCCGUUAAAGAGCGUGACAUUGACUUUAAGUUGAAGGGUGUCGUGACUGAAUGGAGCACGCAAGUGUUUGCGUUCUCAAACUUCAAGAAUCGUGGCGAGCUGCUCCUCAAAGGAGCCGAUACGUCUGACAUUGUAUCCUUAAUGGAGGACAGUUUGAUGAUCCUUGGUUCUCUUUUAAGCAACAGGUACAAUGCUCCAUUCAAAGCUGAAAUCCAAAAGUGGGUGGCAAAACUAACGGGAUCCACGGACAUUAUCGAGAACUGGCUUGUGGUGCAGAACUUGUGGGUUUACUUGGAGGCAGUGUUUGUUGGUGGAGACAUCGCCAAACAAUUACCUCAGGAAGCAAAACGUUUCAGUCAGAUUGACAAAUCAUGGGUCAAGAUUAUGAGUCGAGCGCACGAGAACUCCAACGUAGUGCAGUGCUGCAUGGGUGAUGACACACUUGGACAACUGCUUCCACACAUUUUGGAACAACUUGAGAUUUGUCAGAAAUCUCUGAGCGGCUACCUUGAAAAGAAGCGACUUGUGUUCCCACGCUUUUUCUUCGUGUCCGACCCCGCCCUGUUGGAAAUCUUGGGACAGGCCAGCGACUCUCAUACCAUUCAGGCUCAUCUGCUGGGAGUGUUCGACAACGUGAAAACUGUCACGUUCCACGAAAAGGAAUAUGACAAGAUUCUGGCCAUCAAUUCGCGCGAAGGGGAAUCUGUUACUUUGGAGAACCCGGUUAUGGCUCAGGGCAACGUGGAGGUGUGGCUGAACACACUGUUGAAAGAAUCAGGGACUUCAUUGCAUUCCGUUAUCCGAACUGCUUCGAUCGCUAUCAAGGAUCCUAGUUUUAAGCUCAAAGAUUUCAUGGAUAGUUACCCAGCACAGGUCGGUUUGCUUGGAAUACAGAUGAUUUGGACAAGAGAUGCUGAAGACUCGUUGACUUAUGCUAAAUCCAAUAAAAAGAUCAUGGAUGAACGGAACCAGUUUUUCCUUAACAUGCUGAACGAGUUGAUCGAGGUAACCACGCAGGAACUGACCAAAGUGGAACGAGUCAAGUUCGAAACCCUUGUCACCAUUCAUGUUCAUCAACGAGACAUUUUUGAUGAAUUGUGCCGCAAGAAUAUCAAGGUACCGACAGAUUUUGAAUGGCUGAAACAGUCACGCUUCUACUUCCGCGAGGAGACUGAUGAGUGCGUGGUGUCCAUUACUGAUGUGGAUUUUGUCUAUCAAAAUGAAUUCUUGGGGUGUACCGACAGACUUGUCAUCACGCCUUUGACUGACAGGUGUUACAUCACUCUAGCCCAGGCCCUCGGGAUGUCAAUGGGUGGUGCCCCCGCAGGGCCAGCGGGGACUGGAAAGACAGAGACAACUAAGGACAUGGGGAAAGCUUUGGGUAAAUUUGUCGUCGUUUUCAACUGCUCGGAUCAGAUGGACUACCGUGGUCUGGGUCGAAUCUACAAAGGUUUGGCGCAGUCCGGAAGCUGGGGCUGUUUCGAUGAGUUCAACCGCAUUGAGCUGCCUGUACUGUCCGUGGCCGCUCAACAAAUUCACGUGGUGCUCACGUGCAAGAAAGAGAGGAAAAAAAUGUUCAUUUUCACGGAUGGCGAUGAAGUUGAUAUGGAUCCAGAGUUUGGUAUCUUUUUGACAAUGAACCCAGGCUAUGCCGGUCGCCAAGAGCUGCCUGAAAAUUUGAAGAUCAUGUUCCGUACAGUGGCCAUGAUGGUACCUGACAGACAGAUCAUUAUCCGUGUCAAGCUUGCUGCUAGUGGUUUUAUCAAAAACAUCAACUUGUCCCAGAAAUUCUUCACGUUGUACAAACUGUGCGAGGAACAGCUCACCAAACAGGUGCAUUACGAUUUCGGUCUUCGGAACAUUUUGUCCGUGUUAAGGACUCUUGGAGCAGUGAAGAGAGCCAAUCCUGAGGAUAGCGAAGAUCGUAUUGUGAUGCGAGUGUUACGGGACAUGAAUUUGAGCAAGCUGGUUGACGAAGAUGAACCACUUUUCAUGAGUUUGAUUGAUGACUUGUUCCCAGGCCUCACUCUAGACAAAGCAGGGUACCCGGAUAUUGAACAAGCCAUUGCUGACGCUGUCGAGGAAGUUAAACUUGUCAAUCACGCCCCGUGGACACUCAAACUGAUUCAGCUCUAUGAAACUCAGCGCGUUCGUCAUGGUAUGAUGGCCCUGGGUCCCAGUGGUGCUGGAAAGACCAAGUGUAUAAACAUUCUGAUGAAAGCCAUGACACAGUGUGGGGCACCACACAAAGAGUACCGUAUGAAUCCUAAGGCAAUCACUGCUCCUCAAAUGUUUGGUCGACUGGACGUUUCCACCAAUGACUGGACCGACGGAAUCUUUUCCACGCUUUGGAGACGAACCCUGAGAGCAAAGAAGGGAGAACACAUAUGGAUUGUUUUGGACGGUCCUGUGGACGCUAUCUGGAUUGAAAAUCUGAACAGUGUGUUGGAUGACAACAAAACACUAACCUUGGCUAACGGUGAUCGUAUUCCAAUGGCACCAAACUGCAAGGUUGUGUUCGAACCCCAUAACAUUGACAACGCCUCACCGGCCACAGUUUCAAGAAAUGGUAUGGUUUACAUGAGUUCAUCUGCGCUGGAUUGGAGACCUAUUUUAAAGGGAUGGUUAAACACACGUCCACAACUCGAGGCUGAUAUCCUCUUCUCUCUGUUCGAGAGCGUGUUUGAUGAACUGAGAACAUUUGUUAUCCAAAAUUGUGUACCCAAGAUGGAGGUCCUUGAGUGUAACAACAUCGUUCAAGCCAUGAACAUUCUAGAGGGUUUGAUUCCGGGCGAGGAUGCCCCAAAACAAGUCGAUGCGAGUCAUUUGGAAAAACUGUUCGUGUUUUCUCUCAUGUGGAGUGUCGGAGCACUGCUUGAGCUUGAAGAUCGUAAGAAGAUGGAAGAAUUUUUGAGUGGAAAAGGCAGCCUCAGUUUACCUCCAGCUGAAGGACAAGACACAAUUUUUGAAUACCUGGUGAACGAGGAAGGGGAAUGGGAACAUUGGUCACAAAGAGUUCCAGUCUAUGAGUAUCCGAAGACCACCAUUCCAGAGUAUGCUUCCAUUUUGGUCCCUAAUGUGGACAACACUCGAACUGACUACCUCAUCCACGCUUUGGCCAAACAGGGCAAGGCUGUGCUAUUGAUCGGUGAACAGGGCUCUGCUAAGACAGUCAUGAUGAAGGGUUACUGUAACAAAUAUGACCCAGAACAACAACUCUUUAAAUCGCUCAAUUUUUCUUCCGCGACCACACCCAAUAUGUUCCAGCGAACUAUCGAGAGCUAUGUGGACAAACGAAUGGGAACAACUUACGGCCCUCCAGCAGGAAACAAAAUGACAGUGUUUAUUGAUGACAUCAACAUGCCAAUCAUCAACGAAUGGGGAGACCAAAUUACCAAUGAAAUCGUUCGACAAGUGAUGGAAAUGAGGGGCUUCUACAGUCUUGAUAAACCCGGUGAUUUCACCAGCAUAGUUGACAUUCAGUUUGUGGCAGCCAUGAUUCAACCAGGAGGAGGUCGCAAUGACAUUCCAAGCCGCCUGAAACGUCAGUUUACCAUCUUGAACUGUACUCUUCCUGCAAAUGCUUCGAUUGACAAAAUCUUCAGUUCUAUUGGCGUUGGCUACUUUACCGUCGAACGGGGAUUCCCAGUGGAGCUGCAAAAGAUGGUUAAUCCUUUGGUGUCGAGCACGAGGAAGCUUUGGCAGAAAACGAAGAUCAAAAUGCUUCCCACGCCAGCCAAGUUUCAUUACAUCUUCAAUUUGCGGGAUCUCAGUAGAAUUUGGCAGGGCAUGCUCACUGUGACAUCUGAGGUAGCGACCACUCCCACAGUUUUCCUCAACCUUUGGAAGCACGAGUGUAAUAGAGUCAUUGCCGACCGCUUCACGAAUUCGCGGGAUAAAGAUUGGUUCGAAAUAGCCAUCAAACAGGUUGUGGAAGAAGACUUCGACGCGGAGACUAGCAGCCUUUUGGAGGCGGAACCUUACUUUGUAGAUUUCAUGCGAGAUGCCCCUGAACCAACUGGUGAAGAGCCCGAAGAUGCAGAUCUUGAAGCACCAAAAGUAUAUGAACCUAUCGGGACAUUCGAAAUCCUCAAGGAGCGAUUGGGAACCUUCAUGAUUGGCUAUAAUGAGGUGGUUCGUGGAGGCAAUAUGGAUCUUGUCUUCUUCAAGGACGCCAUGGUACAUCUUAUCAAGAUAUCUCGUAUCAUUCGUACCCCUCGUGGGAAUGCCCUGCUAGUGGGUGUUGGAGGUUCAGGAAAGCAAAGCUUGACACGACUCGCUUCCUUCAUCGCUGGAUACCAGAUCUUUCAAAUCACCUUGACAAGAUCCUACAAUGUCUCAAACUUGAUGGAGGAUCUCAAAGUGCUAUACAGGACUGCUGGACAUCAGGGAAAAGGAAUCACUUUUAUAUUUACAGACAACGAAAUCAAAGACGAAGGAUUUUUAGAGUACAUGAAUAACGUGAUAGCGUCAGGAGAGGUAUCCAAUCUGUUUGCUCGAGACGAGAUCGAUGAGAUCACGCAGGAUCUUAUUAGCGUAAUGAAGGCUGAGUACCCGAGGAGACCGCCAACCAAUGAAAACCUCUACGACUACUUCAUCACUCGCGUCAAGAACAACCUUCAUGUUGUACUUUGCUUUUCACCGGUUGGAGAGAAGUUCCGUAAUCGUUCACUGAAAUUUCCUGGACUGUUUAGUGGUUGCACAAUGGACUGGUUUAGCCGCUGGCCAAAAGAUGCGUUGAUCGCAGUGGCCUCGCACUUUCUGUCCUCGUUUGAAAUUGUUUGCACCGAGGAAACGAAAUACGCUGUUGUCAACACCAUGGGGGUUAUACAGGACAAUGUAGCUGAGAUGUGUGUUCAGUACUUUGAGCGAUUCCGUCGGCAAACUCACGUGACUCCCAAGUCCUAUCUGUCUUUCUUGAGCGGCUACAAAGGCAUCUACAGCGCACAGCACGAAGCCAUUGGUCUUCUUGCGCAACGCAUGAACACGGGAUUGGCAAAACUUGUUGAGGCUAGCGAGUCCGUGGCGAAGCUUUCUGAAGAGCUCGUUGUGAAGGAGAAGGAGCUGGCUGUUGCCUCAAAGAAAGCGGACGUAGUCCUUCAAGAGGUAACUGUCAGCGCCACGGCUGCCGAAAAAGUGAAGUCACAGGUGCAGAAGGUCAAAGACAAGGCUCAGGCUAUCGUGGAUGAAAUUGCGGAAGAUAAAGCAGUUGCAGAGGGAAAGCUUGAGGCUGCCAAACCAGCCUUGGAGGAGGCUGAAGCCGCCUUGCAGACCAUCAAACCCGCUCAUAUCUCCACCGUCAGAAAACUGGCCAAGCCACCUCACCUUAUCAUGCGCAUUAUGGACUGUGUGCUACUGCUUUUCAACAGGAACAUUGACACAGUAACGCCAGAUCCAGAGAGGCCUUGCUGUAAGCCGUCCUGGGGAGAAUCGCUGAAGUUGAUGAGUGGUGGAGGCUUCCUAAACACUUUGCUAACUUUUCCGAAGGAUACCAUCAAUGAAGAAACAGUCGAACUGUUGAUGCCUUACCUUGAAAUGGAAGACUACACCAUCGAAGUGGCCAAGAAAGUUUGCGGUGAUGUUGCAGGGCUUGCCUCCUGGACCAAAGCUAUGGCCUUUUUCUACACCAUUAACAAAGAAGUCCUCCCUCUAAAGGCAAAUCUCAUCAUCCAAGAAGCGCGCUUGCAGAAAGCGACAGGGGAGUUGAACGAAGCGCAGGCGCAGCUGGAUGAGAAACAGCGGGAACUGGAUCUGGUGCAGGCCAAGUACGAUCAGGCCAUGCGUGACAAACAGGCUCUAGUAGAAGAUGCAGAGGCCUGCAGGAGGAAGAUGGCCAAUGCAACGGCUUUGAUCGAUGGUUUGGGAGGCGAAAAAGUACGAUGGACUGAACAGAGCAAGAAAUUCGAUCAGCAGAUUCAUAGGUUGGUUGGCGAUGUACUGCUGGCCACUGGAUUUUUGUCGUAUUCUGGUCCGUUUAACCAGGCUUUCAGAACUCUGUUGUUGGACAACUGGAAGAAAGAAAUGAGAAAAAUGAAGAUUCCCUUCUCAGAGGAUUUGAAUCUUGUGAACAUGCUCACGGAUGCCGCUACAAUUGGCGAAUGGGCCCUUCAGGGAUUACCGAGUGAUGAGUUGUCAGUCCAGAAUGGUAUAAUUGUCACCAAGGCAGCUCGCUAUCCACUUCUUAUCGAUCCCCAGGGUCAAGGGAAGGCGUGGAUUAGGAAGAAAGAAGGACCGAAUGAAUUACAGGCCACUGCUCUCAACCACAAAUACUUCCGUACUCAUUUGGAAGAUUCAUUGUCCUUGGGAAGACCGCUGAUCAUAGAGGAUGUUGGUGAGGAACUUGAUCCGGCGCUCGAUAACGUACUGGAGAAAAACUUUAUCAAGUCUGGAAAAACGUUUAAGGUCAAAGUGGGAGACAAGGAAGUGGAUGUAAUGGAUGGCUUUCGUUUGUACAUCACCACUAAGCUUGGUAACCCCUCGUACACUCCUGAAGUUAGUGCCAAGACCUCCAUCAUCGACUUCACGGUCACUAUGAGUGGCCUGGAAGAUCAGCUUCUUGGUAGAGUGAUAUUAACAGAAAAGCAGUGGCAACACGAGGAAGCAUCCUUUACUUCUUGAUAGUCGAGAUGUCUUACGUGAACGUUAUGUACCAGACCUCUCUCAGACAGUUCCUAGGCUUGUUUGACAUUUCUAUGGCACGUUCCCAGAAGUCUCCGAUUCCUGCCAAGCGGAUCCAGAACAUAAUUGAGUACUUGACAUUUGAAGUGUUCCGUUACACGACACGUGGUUUGUACGAAGAGCAUAAGUUCCUCUUCACUCUAUUGCUCACGCUGAAAAUUGAUUUGCAAGAGAGAAAGAUUCGCCACGACGAGUUUCAAGUUCUUAUUAAAGGUGGUGCUGCACUGGAUUUGAACGCCGUGGAACCCAAACCAAAGAAGUGGAUCUUGGACAUGACUUGGUUGAAUCUUGUGGCCCUCAGUAGACUUCCUCAAUUCACUCAACUCCUGGGACAGGUGACAAAUAACGAGUCUGGUAAAGCCUGGAAGACCUGGUUUGACUCUGAAGCACCAGAAGAUGCGCCAAUACCUGAUGGCUACCAGGGCUCUCUUGACACUUUUAGGAAACUUUUGCUUAUAAGAGCCUGGUGCCCAGAUCGUACCAUAAACCAGGCUCGGCGUUAUAUCACUGAUGCCAUUGGAAAAGAGUACGCUGAAGGAGUUAUUUUGAACCUGGAAGUCAUGUGGGAGGAAAGUGACGUAAGGACACCCAUGAUUUGCUUCUUGUCGAUGGGUUCUGAUCCUACGGCGUCCAUCGAGGCUUUGGCCAAGAAGCAGAGAUUAGACUGCCGGGCCAUCUCUAUGGGACAGGGACAAGAGGUGCAUGCGCGGCGUCUAUUGGCACAGUUUAUGAACGAGGGAGGCUGGGUAGUACUUCAGAAUUGUCAUUUGGGACUCAACUUCAUGGAUGAGUUGUUAGAGACGAUUACUACAACAGAGAAUGUCAACGAAAAGUUCCGUUUGUGGAUCACGACAGAAGUUCAUCCGAAAUUCCCGAUAACUCUUCUGCAGUCCUCUAUCAAGUUUACCAAUGAACCACCUCAAGGCAUCAAGGCGGGUUUGAAGAGAACAUACGCUGGAAUCACUCAGGAUCAACUUGAUGUGACUAACAUGCCACAGUGGAAACCCAUGCUAUAUGCCACAGCCUUCCUGCACACCAUUGUUCAAGAGCGACGCAAAUUUGGUCCACUAGGAUGGAAUAUCCCGUAUGAGUUCAACUCUGCUGACUUGACGGCCUCUGUGCAAUUCAUACAAAAUCAUCUUGAUGAUAUCGAUCCAAAGGCGGUGUUUGGUCUUCACACAAAUGCUGACAUCACAUAUCAAACCAAGACUACCUCGGAUGUUUUGGAGACCAUUGUGAACAUUCAGCCAAAAGACAGCGCUGGAGGGUCUGGGGAGACACGUGAAUCACUCGUAGCGCGUCAAGCUACAGAGAUGUUGGACAAGCUGCCUGCGGAUUAUGUUCCUUUUGAGGUUAAAGCACGCCUGCAGAAAAUGGGUGCUUUGACAUCCAUGAACAUUUUCCUCCGUCAAGAAAUUGACAGAAUGCAGAGGGUCAUAACAGCUGUGAGGAACACACUGGUUGACCUUAAACUGGCCAUAGAUGGUACAAUCAUCAUGAGUGAAAACUUGAAGGACGCUUUAGAGAACAUCUAUGAUGCCCGUGUCCCUGCUCUUUGGAAAAAGAUCUCGUGGGACUCGACGACUCUUGGCUUCUGGUUUACUGAGCUGAUCGAGCGUAACAAUCAGUUCCACUCGUGGUUGUUCGAAGGCAGACCUAACGUGUUUUGGAUGACGGGAUUCUUCAACCCUCAGGGUUUUCUGACAGCAAUGAGACAAGAGAUCACGCGUGCGCACAAAGGCUGGGCACUCGAUAAUGUUGCACUUGCCAACGAUGUCACCAAGAUGAUGAAAGAAGAUGUGGGGUCAUCGCCACUUGAAGGAGUCUAUGUACAUGGUCUGUUCUUGGAUGGCGCAGGAUGGGAUCGACGAAACUGCAGGCUCACGGAGCCUCCCCCCAAAGUUUUGUUUACUGCCCUACCUGUGGUGCAUAUUUACGCAGUGAACACUGCUACCUUGCCAAGAGACUACAAAGCCAUGGAGGCACUGAAAUUUUAUGAGUGCCCUGUCUACAAGAAGCCGAGACGCACAGAUUUGACCUACAUUUUCUGCUUGAACCUGAAGACGUCACAACAUCCUGAUCACUGGAUUCUGCGAGGUGUUGCUUUGCUGUGUGACACCAAGUCAUGUUGCAUGACAUUUAUUUGCGCCCUAAUUGUAACCCCGACAUUGCGUUACAUACGAUACGUGGUUUUUGUUUUUGUAAACUUUGUAAAAUGACACAUGUUGUAAGUGUUGUUUCUGCUUUUUUAAGUUCACUGAGUUUUGGAUUUCUUUUUUUGGUAAGCUCAGUGGGAAAAAAAGUUUGUUUUAAAUAUAUUUUUGUGUUACAUUGUAAAGAUCGGUUCUGUAUUUUUUGAUGCAUACUCAAAGUGUGAUAAAGUAAUGCAUUAGUCGUCUGUUUUUCACAGCAGUUGUACGCAUUAGAUGCCUCAACUGUGCGAUGUGAGGAAGAAUGAAUUUAUUUAUAUUUAUUCAAAGAAAGUGUGAAUGACAAUAAAAUGAAGUGAAUAAACUUACCUGCCUCUUUUC